UGAAGUGGAAAGGGAAGGACUUGUUUGAUUUAGUGUGCAGGACGCUGGGACUCCGCGAAACCUGGUUCUUUGGCCUUCAGUACACCAUCAAGGACACAGUGGCUUGGCUGAAAAUGGACAAGAAGGUGCUGGAUCACGACGUUCCCACCGAGGAGCCAGUCACCUUUCACUUCCUGGCCAAAUUUUAUCCCGAGAACGCAGAAGAGGAGCUGGUCCAGGAGAUCACCCAGCACUUGUUCUUCCUGCAGGUAAAGAAGCAGAUUCUGGAUGAGAAGAUCUAUUGCCCUCCCGAGGCUUCAGUGCUGCUGGCUUCCUACGCGGUCCAAGCCAAGUAUGGUGACUACGACCCCAACGUGCACAAGCGAGGCUUCCUGGCACAGGAGGAGCUGCUGCCAAAGCGGGUGAUUAACCUCUACCAGAUGACUCCAGAGAUGUGGGAAGAGAGAAUAACAGCCUGGUACGCCGAGCACCGUGGCAGAGCAAGAGAUGAAGCUGAAAUGGAGUAUUUGAAGAUAGCUCAGGACUUGGAGAUGUAUGGAGUGAACUAUUUUGCAAUUAGGAAUAAAAAGGGCACCGAACUGCUGCUUGGAGUCGAUGCCUUGGGUCUUCACAUUUAUGACCCAGACAACAGGCUGACCCCCAAAAUCUCCUUCCCGUGGAACGAGAUCCGGAAUAUUUCAUACAGCGAUAAAGAGUUUACGAUUAAGCCGUUGGACAAAAAGAUUGAUGUUUUUAAAUUCAAUUCAUCAAAGCUGCGUGUGAAUAAGCUGAUUCUCCAGCUGUGUAUUGGGAACCACGAUCUUUUCAUGAGGAGGAGAAAAGCAGACUCGCUGGAGGUGCAGCAGAUGAAGGCACAGGCCAGAGAGGAGAAAGCCAGGAAGCAGAUGGAACGACAGCGCCUGGCCCGAGAGAAGCAAAUGAGGGAAGAAGCUGAGCGGACGAGGGAUGAGCUGGAGAGAAGACUGAUGCAGUUAAAGGAGGAGGCAACGAUGGCCAACGAGGCUCUGAUGAGAUCUGAAGAGACAGCAGACUUGCUGGCUGAGAAGGCCCAGAUCACAGAGGAGGAGGCCAAGCUCCUGGCUCAGAAAGCAGCUGAGGCCGAGCAGGAGAUGCAGCGAAUCAAAGCCACGGCCAUCCGGACAGAGGAGGAGAAACGGCUGAUGGAGCAGAAGGUGCUGGAGGCAGAGAUGUUGGCUCUGAAAAUGGCCGAGGAGUCUGAGCGGAGAGCGAAGGAGGCUGAUCAACUAAAGCAGGACCUUCAGGAGGCUCGAGAGUCUGAGAGGAGGGCGAAGCAAAAGCUUCUGGAGAUCACCAGCAAGUCCUCAUAUACAUCUGUGAAUUCCAGUACAACAGCAUUGCCCACCGACCUGCCAAGCUUCAACCUCAUCAGUGAGAGCCUCUCCUUUGACUUCAAGGAUACAGACAUGAAGCGACUUUCAAUGGAAAUCGAAAAGGAGAAGGUCGAGUACAUGGAGAAAAGCAAACAUCUGCAGGAGCAACUGAACGAGCUGAAGACAGAGAUCGAGGCGCUGAAGCUGAAGGAGAGAGAGACCGCGCUGGAUAUAUUGCACAAUGAGAAUGCCAGCCGAGGCAACAGCAAGCACAACACUAUAAAAAAGCCUCCAGCCCAGGGCAGAAGACCUAUCUGCAUUUGAGACUGCUGAGCAGGUUACGCCCAGCUCACCCUGCAGAGCACCCAGUCCCGCGUGGCCUUCUUCGAGGAGCUCUAGGACGAGCCGCCCGCGUCGCCGCCGCCGAGGACGCGC